UUACACUUUGAUAAAUUAAAACAAUGUGAAAGUGUGAUUGGUACGUUGUUGACAUUGCAUGAUAUUUUAAAAAAGGUUGAACUAUCUGAAGAGUAUUGGAAUGAGCAGGUAAUUGGUGUGACAUCUUCUAACUUUGGAUGUGCAAUUAUGCGUCUUUAUGAAAAAAACAUCUUGACCAUACUUGCUUAUGACAAUACGGAUCUGACUGCUUUGUAUGCGAUCAAAAGUUGGGAAUUCACCGCAAACAGUUCCUUCAAAUGGAAUGCGGUGGAGAACAUAGGUUGCUACAACAACACGUCUUUUCAAUGUGGCUUACUAACCUCCAUCAACGAUCAGUUCUUUUCCUUGCUACACAACAAAACGUUACAUACGUGUGUGCAGAAACUUUUAAAGAAAGAAGAAGAUAGCGUACCAUACUUUGACACAACUUUAAACACUUCAGCAUCACACAGUAAAAAGAGUUUAUUGAGAGUAUUAAAGAUUGUGAAAGAAUUACCGUUAGACUACUUCGUUGAGAGAAACUUGUUGGCUUUAUUUGUGUUAGUUGUGGAAACCCAGAAAUAUAUUGGAGCACAGGAUGUGGAAAUCAAUGAAGCCUGUAUUGAUAUUAUGAUUAUAGUGUUAGAGAGUAUUGUUGUGUUGUCGUAUAAUACUUUGGAAUUUCCGCUAGAACUCGUCUUUCUUACAAAUCUACAAGGCUUUACAUCAUCACAAAAGGACAAAGAUCUACAAAUUUUCCGUUCGUGCAUGAAAGCUAUUGUUAAAUUUUCAUCCAAGAACGAUGAUCUGGUGUCUAACAUAUGUUCAAAGAUCAAGAAACGUCUGGAUAGUGAAAGACAUUUUGAAGAAACAUUAGAAGUAUGUGAUGUCAUGUUACACGUGAUUUUACAGUCACUUCUUGAUCCAGUCACGAGGAUGAAGAGUGAGCAAGUGUGUUUUCAAUUCGUGUUAACUCUAACCACGUCUUUAUUCAACUUGUUCACGAAGAAAAACUUGAAGCACAAAGACCUUUCAAGUAAAUUGUUUCAUAUCUACACCCAGCUAUCCCGUAUCGUUCAACGUGCGCUUCAAAAGAGAUCGGAUUUAAGUCCGCUCCACUCACUCGAAGAGAAGCUUUUGGAAGCCACAAAAGUGUUGAUACCUCAGUUGCAUUCCUACCUGGGAAGUAUCGAUGAUCAUGACGAAAAUAUAGAACAAUACCUUACAUCAAUCGAAGUCAUGUAUGAUUCUACUAACGACUUCACUCUCCAACUACGUGGUUUAUUGAAGCAAUCUGACUUACGUGUUAUAUCUUCUCUCAUCAAAAAGACGGAUAGCAGUUUUUCGCAUUGUCACUUGUAUGCUAAACUUAUCUCAACGAUCGUCAUCAGAAACGAAGAUGAUAAUUUAUCAAAACUUUUCGAUUGUCUUACUCGGUCGCUGAUCGAGCAAAUUCAUAAACCUACCAAACAAGCUUUGUUGUUAGUAUGGAGUGCUGUACUCACGUUAAAGUUCUCUAAAGAACAGAAACUAAUAUUAUGGAAAUCACUACCCAAGGUCAUGCUCUGUUGUGUUCAGAUGUUGAAUAACUGUGACAGUAUAGAAGAUAUCAUCUCCACACUGAAGACAUUGACAGCGUGUGUUGACAUAUCUAAGCACUCUGUGAUGUCACAAUACGUCACGUGUAUAUACCACGUGUUUGUCAUCAUGUCUGAUCAAGUUACACUGUGUAAUCAUGGAAGUUUCGUGGUAUUGUUUGAAGAAUUGUAUCAUUUGGCAAGCCAGUUGCUAUUUCAUCAUCAGUCUGCAGUUUACACAUCUCUGCCUGCUUACUUGACCUGCAUAAAUUGUUUAUUAAAUUUCCUGGUCUCAUUUACGCAUUGUCAAAUGGUGGGUAUUCACCCUGAAGAAGAUAUAAAGAAAUGCUGUGAACGUUUGGCUAGAUUAUACCGUGAGGUUGGAAGCCACAAAACAAUGAUAAUGAAGUACGCACCCUACAUUAUAGCGGAUUACGUCAGAGCUUGUCAACAAGCUAAAUUGGGUAUUGAAAACAAGAACGCACUAGACACUGGGAUACACUGCAUCAUGGAUACAUGUUCAGAUUUCGAAUUUUCUUUACUUACAACUUUGUUAGAGGGAGCUGAUAAAGAACAUUUUCGAAUGAUUAGAAACGAUUUUGAAAAACAUCAUAAGUUUGUUGGUAAAGCCUAACUGAAUUGUAACAAUACACUUUUCUCUCGUGACUGUAGCUUACAAAUGCAGGUUUGAAGACAAUAAAAUGAAGUUCUCGGGACGGUAUCAUUAUAGUUAAAGGACCGUAAAAACAAGAUUACACCCUAAGGAAAAGAGGACAUUUCCCUAAGGAUCCUGAAAGCUCAAAUAUGUAUGUAGAAAAUAUAUUUCUUCAAAAAUA